AUGAGGAGGGGGAACCAGAGCAGUGUGUCUGAGUUCAUCCUCCUGGGGCUCCCCAUCCAGCCAGAGCAGCAGGGCAUCUUCUUCACCCUGUUCCUGAUCAUGUACCUGACCACGGUGCUGGGGAACCUGCUCAUCAUCCUGCUCAUCAGGCUGGACUCUCGCCUCCACACCCCCAUGUACUUCUUCCUGUGCCACCUGGCCUUCUCCGACAUCUCCUUAUCAUCUGUCACCAUCCCAAAGAUGCUCAGCAACAUGCAGACUCAGCACCUGUCCAUGCCUUUUGAGGGGUGCAUUACUCAAUUAUAUUUUUUCUUGCUCUUUGUAUCUGUUGACAAUUUUCUUCUUGGAGUGAUGGCAUAUGACAGGUAUGUGGCCAUCUGCCACCCACUGCACUACAUGGUCAUCAUGAGAGAGGAGCUGUGUGAUUUACUGGUAGCUGGGUGCCACUUUUUCUGUGACCUCAGUGAACUCCUGAAGUUGACCUGCUCAGAUACCACCCUCAAUAAAGUAUUCAUCUUCACUGAGGGAGGAAUCUUGGCUCUCCUCACACUGGGUGCUAUUUUUGGCUCUUACAUCUGCAUUGGUUUUACUGUCCUGAAGGUCCCCUCCACUAAGAAGAUCUGCAAAGUGCUGUCCACCUGUGGUUCCCACCUCUUCUUGGUGUUUUUGUACUAUGGGACUAUUGCAGUUAUUUAUUUCAUUCCUUCCUCAAAUAGUUCCCAAGUUAAGGAUGUAAUUGCUUCAAUAAUGUAUACAGAGGUGACACCCAUGCUGAACCCCUUCAUCUAUAGCCUGAGGAACAGGGACAUGAAAUUGGCUCUGGGGUUAUUAUGGAGAAGAGGAGUUAUUUCAGUCAAGUGA